AGUGAAUAGCCAACUUAAGACACAAAAUUAUCUCAUUGAGACAUUCUCUCUCUUCAAUCCCCCCUUUCUCUCUCUUUACCCUCUCUUAUCUCUUUCUUUCUUGAAGGAUCUUCCUUUCUAUUUAUUAUUAUUAUUAUUAUUAUUCUGGAAUUUUCACAUCAAUUACUCAUAGGGUUUCAGUUUCACCGGAACAACACAAACCCUAGCUUACUUACAUGAAGAUCUAACACUCAAUUCAUCAUUCUUCAUCCUCCUGCUUCUUCGUAAACAUGUCUCAAACUCACUGGGAAGCUGAUAAAAUGUUAGAUGUUUAUAUACAUGAUUACUUGGUGAAAAGGGAUUUAAAGGCUUCGGCUCAGGCGUUUCAAGCCGAAGGAAAGGUCUCAUCUGACCCUGUUGCUAUUGAUGCGCCCGGUGGCUUUUUGUUUGAGUGGUGGUCUGUGUUUUGGGAUAUAUUUAUAGCGAGAACUAACGAGAAACACUCGGAAGUCGCAGCUUCUUACAUUGAGACUCAGUUAAACAAAGCGAGGGAGCAACAGCAGCAGCAGCAGCAGCCGCACCAAACACCUCAUCCGCAACAACAGCAGCAACAACAACAACAGCAUCAACAGAUGCAAAUGCAGCAGCUUAUAUUACAACGUCAAGCUCAACAACAACAGCAGCAGCAACAACAGCAACAAGCACAACAACAGCAGCAACAGCAACAGCAGCAGCAACAACAACAAGCGCAACAACAGCAGCAACAGCAACAUCAACAACAGCAGCAGCAGCAGCAACGGAGAGAUGGCUCUCACCUUCUUAAUGGAGGGUCAAACAGGCUUGUUGGAAACGAUCCGCUUAUGAGAUCAAACCCUGGUGUUAAUGCUAUUGCUACCAAAAUGUAUGAGGAGAAAUUGAAAGUACCGCUCCCUAGGGAUUCUUUAGAUGAUGCAGCUAUGAAGAGGUACGGCGAGAAUGUCGGUCAACUUUUGGAUCCAAACCAAGCAUCAAUUUUGAAAUCUGCAGCUGCAGCUGGUCAACCUUCAGGGCAAGUGCUGCAUGGUACAGCUGGCAGUAUGUCGCCUCAAGUCCAAGGUCGCAGCCAACAACUUCCAGGCUCUGCUCCGGAAAUAAAGACGGAGAUGAAUCCAAUUUUGAAUCCUAGAGCUGCUGGUCCCGAAGUAUCUUUGAUUGGGAUUCCCGGAUCAAAUCAAGGUGGUAACAAUUUGACGUUAAAAGGGUGGCCUCUCACCGGAUUAGAUCAGCUGCGAUCUGGUAUAAUGCAACAACAGAAGUCAUUCAUGCAAGGCUCUCAACCGUUUCAUCAGCUGCAAAUGAUGUCACCACAACAUCAGCAACAACUUUUGCUAGCGCAACAGAACAUGACAUCACAAUCAGCCAAUGACGAAAGCAGACGACUGAGAAUGCUUCUUAAUAACCGAAGUAUAAGUAUGGGCAAAGAUGGUAUUUCUAAUUCCGUUGGCGACAUUCCGAAUGUCGGAUCUCCCAUUCCUGGUUUACCCCGUAACGAUACAGAUAUGCUGCUUAAAAUUAAAAUGGCGCAAUUACAGCAACAACAACAGCAGCAGCAGCAACAGCAACAACAGAACGGUAAUCAGCAACAACAACAGAUUCAUCAUUCUCUUUCUGCACCACCGCCGCAAAAUUCGAAUAUGAAUCUUCAACAAGAAAAGAUUGUUGGUGCAAGCAGCGUGGGGGAUGGGAGCAUGUCAAAUUCGUUUAGAGGAAACGAUCAGACUGGAAGAAAAAGAAAGCAGCCCGUGUCAUCUUCGGGACCCGCCAACAGCUCAGGAACGGCUAACACAGCUGGGCCUUCACCGAGUUCAGCACCGUCGACACCGUCAACUCACACACCUGGAGAUGUGAUCUCAAUGCCAGCUUUGCCACAUAACGAUAAUACAUCAAAACCGUUAAUGAUGUUCCGGCCUGAUGGGCCCACAACGCUUACAUCUCCGUCAAAUCAAUUGUGGGAUGAUAAGGACAUUGUGCAGGCUGACAUGGAACGUUUUGUGGAGGAUGGAUCUCUUGAUGAUAACGUAGAGUCUUUUUUAUCACAUGAUGAUACCGAUUUAAGGGAUACUGUCGGUCGUUGUAUGGAUGUGAGCAAAGGAUUUACUUUUACGGAGGUCAAUUCUGUUCGGGCUAGUGCAAACAAGGUUGUUUGCUGUCAUUUCUCUUCAGAUGGUAAAUUGCUUGCUACUGGUGGUCAUGAUAAAAAGGCUGUACUGUGGUAUACAGAUGCUUUAAAGCUGAAGACGACUCUCGAAGAACAUUCAUCAAUGAUCACGGAUGUGCGUUUCAGCCCAAGUAUGCCGCGCCUUGCCACAUCAUCUUUUGAUAAAACCGUCCGUGUCUGGGAUGCCGACAAUCCUGGUUUUUCUCUGCGUACCUUUAUGGGACAUUCUGCAUCUGUGAUGUCAUUGGAUUUCCACCCGAACAAAGACGACCUCCUCUGUUCGUGUGACGGGGAUGGGGAGAUACGCUACUGGAGCGUAAAUAAUGGUAGUUGCACUCGUGUAUUCAAGGGAGCAACGUCACAAGUGAGAUUUCAGCCACGCCAUGGAAGGUUUCUUGCAGCGGCUGCAGAAAACAUCGUAUCUAUACUCGAUGUGGAAACUCAAGCCUGUCGACAUUCGUUACAGGGGCAUACAAAGCCGAUUCAUUCGAUUUGUUGGGACCCGACCGGGGAGUUGCUGGCAUCGGUUAGUGAGGAUUCGGUUCGAGUGUGGUCACUACUUAAUGGAAACGAAGGGGAGUGUGUACACGAACUCAGUUGUAACGGCAACAAGUUUAACUCUUGUGUUUUUCAUCCUAGUUAUGCUUCGUUAUUGGUCAUCGGCUGUUACCAGUCUUUGGAGCUAUGGAACAUGUCGGAGAACAAGACGAUGACGUUAUCGGCACAUGAAGGACUGAUUGCGGGUUUGGCGUUGUCGACGGCUACGGGUUUGGUAGCUUCAGCUAGCCAUGAUAAGAUCGUUAAACUUUGGAAGUGAAAAACAAAACAGAAAACAAAUGUUGUAUGAUCCGUUGUUUUACCAUGUUUGUGGAAUCGUAUGUUUAUUUAAUGUGUUUUCUGUCUUAUCUUUAUAUUUUAGCAUGUUGAAAUCUUAGUACAAACGGAUUUUGUGCUGUCCGUCUUAACUUGUUUUUAUAUAUAUAUAUAUAUGAUCUACUUGUUUCUUG